GAACGACAGCAAGAUGAAGUAGAGCAAAAACGCUCCACAGUUUAAGGCCAGCCUCCUCUUGCACACACUUGUUCCCCCCUCAUCUCCCUCUUCUGCGUUUUGUCCUUGACCUCUUCAACCGCAAAACAACAGGAGAACAAAACAACCGUCAAAGCUCACUCUUUCCUGCAAGCACCCACUACACGUUUCUACACUGCUAAUUCUCCCCAUUUCUUGCUCCAAAUUAAAACACCAAUCAAGAGCCACAUCAGGAUCAGCCAGAAAUCCCAAUCUUACACUGACGACAGAGAAAUAUAUUUGCAUCUAUCUGCUUGUGUUGCAAGAUCAUACCAAGUGAUCUCUACUACACAUGCAGCGUCCGUGUUUAUACGCAUCUGGGCUGCAGUUUGCAAGUUAAAUUUGCAGCACACGCAGCCAACACACAGGUGGGGUGUCACCGUCGAUGGCGAGGCUGAGCCACGGCUUCCUGGGCGCUCUGAACCUGGUGACGCUCCUCCUGUCCCUGCCGGUGCUGUGCGCGGGCGUGUUCUUCCUCACGCGCGCCACCACCACGGAGUGCGAGCGCGCCCUGCAGAUCCCCGUCGUCGCGUUCGGCUGCGCGCUGCUGCUGCUCUCGCUCGUCGGCCUCGCCGGCGCCUGCGGGCGCCGCGACGCCGCCGCGCCGUUCCUCUGGGUGUACGUGGUCUUCUUGUUCCUGCUCGUCGUCGCCGUGUUCGCGUUCACCGUGUUCGCGUUCGUGGUCACCAGCCAGGGCGCCGUGCCGUCCGGGCGCGGGUACUACAGGGAGCACCGCCUCGGGGACUACUCCGACUGGCUGCAGGCGCGGAUCGCCGAGCCGGAGACGUGGCGGCAAGUCGAGAGCUGCCUCUCUGAGGCGCGCGUGUGCGGCGGCCGCCUCCGUGGUGCCAUGGGGCAGGGCGCCAUGGAAUUCUACAGGCAACACCUGUCGCCAAUCCAGUCCGGCUGCUGCAAGCCGCCGACGUGGUGCGGGUUCCGGUACGUGAACGGCAUGUUCUGGGAGGCCCCGAGACCGGGGUCGUCGUUGUCGUCUCCGGCGGCAGCCAGCGACGGUGACUGCCGGGCAUGGAGCAACGACCAGCAGGUGCUUUGCUUCGAGUGCGACGCGUGCAAGGCCGGCGUGCUGGAGACUGUGAAGAAGAAGUGGAAGACAGUGGCCAUCGUCAACGUCUCCCUCCUCGCGUUCCUCAUCCUUGUCUACACGAUCGGGUGCUGCGCCUUGCGCAGCAGAGGUGGCAGUAGUCGUUCCCGCAAUGGCGGUGGCCCUGACCAAACAUGAGCUAGCUAGCGAUCGGCCAAUGCAACUCAGAUAUCGACUUGAAAAUAUAUAUGGUUUAGGUUACAAACCCAAAGGUAGAUGAUGAUUCGAAGUUCAGAGUUGUAGAACUACCGCUCUGUUGGGUUUUGGAGAGAGAGGACGACUCCAAACUCCAGCGACGGUUUUGAAAAUAUAUGGUUUACUUGAGGUGUU